AUUUUUCUGCAAGUGUUGGGUGCGGCCUUUUGAGCUAUUUUCGCCGUGAUCCCGACCGCCGACCCUUCCGCCUUUUAUAUACGGCCCGCCGCCGCGAUCAGUCCUACCACCGCAAGAACCCACCGUCGACAAGCCAAGCCAAGCCCGUAGCUUCCCUGCUUCCUCGAUCCCGCCAUGGGCUGCGCUCGCUGCACCAUGGCUUGCUGCGCUGCUCAGCACGAGGUGGUGUUCGACGCCAACCUGAUCAAGAACAGCACGCUGGAGGACGGGCUCGCCGGGUGGGCGCCGCUGGGCGCGUGCACCAAGCUCUCGGCGCGCGUCGAGGAGCCGGCCAUGGUGCCCACCGAGAGCAUCAACGAGGACUACAAGCCGAGCGGCAGGUACAUUCUUGCCUCUUCCCGCGAAUGCCAGGAGGACGGCCUGUGCCAGCCGAUCCCGGCGUCGGCGCUCAAGCCCCGGGUCACGUACCGUGUGGCCGGCUGGAUCAGCCUCGGCGCCGGGUGCGCCGAUAAUGGCGACGCCGUGACGGACGCCGUGGUGCGCGUCAACAUUCGCCUUGAUGGGAACGGCGUCGGAGACGAAGACAAGGAAGGGGGGAAGAAGAAGUGUUCUGUGGUCGAGGGCGGCGUGGUGUGCGCCGAGGCCGGGAAGUGGACGGAGCUCAAGGGCGCGUUCCGGCUCAAGGCGUGCCCCGCGGCCGGCGCCAUGGUGCACGUCCAGGGCGCGCCCCCCGGCGUCGACGUCAAGGUGAUGGAUCUCCAGGUGUUCGCCACGGACCGCAAGGCCCGGUUCAAGAAGCUCAAGAAGAAGACUGACAAGGUGCGCAGGCGUGACGUGGUGCUCAAGUUCGGCGGCGCGGGGUCAGGAUCGGCGUCGGCGAUCUCCGGCGCGUCCAUCCGUGUAAUGCAGAUGGACACGAGCUUCGCGUUCGGGGCGUGCAUCAACCCUGCCGUGAUCCAGGACCAGGGCUUCGUGGACUUCUUCACCAAGCACUUCGACUGGGCGGUGUUCGAGAACGAGCUGAAAUGGUACCACACGGAGCCGGCGCAAGGGCAGCUCAACUACGCCGACACGGACGCGCUGCUCGACUUCUGCGACGCCCACGGCAAGCCCGUGCGCGGCCACUGCAUCUUCUGGGCCGUGGACAACGUGGUGCAGCAGUGGGUCAAGGCCCUGGACAAGGACGGGCUCAACGCCGCCGUCCAGGCCCGGCUCAACAGCCUCCUCACGCGCUACGCCGGCCGGUUCCCGCACUACGACGUCAACAAUGAGAUGCUCCACGGCAGCUUCUUCCAGACCCGCCUCGGCGACGACAUCAACGCCUUCAUGUUCAAGGAGACGGCCCGGAUCGAUCCCGGCGCCACGCUGUUCGUGAACGACUACAAUGUCGAGGGCGGCAUGGACCCGAAUGCGACGCCGGAGAAGUACAUUGCCCAGAUCAACGCGCUGCAGGAGAAGGGCGCCCCGGUGGGUGGCAUUGGGCUUCAGGGACACGUCACUAACCCUGUUGGGGAAGUUGUCUGUGACGCGCUGGACAAGCUGGCUACUACUGACCUGCCUAUCUGGCUGACUGAGCUGGACGUCUGUGAGUCUGACGUGGAUCUCCGUGCUGAGGACCUGGAGGUGGUGCUCCGGGAGGCGUACGCGCACCCGGGCGUUGAAGGCGUCAUCUUCUGGGGUUUCAUGCAGGGCCACAUGUGGCGCCAGGACGCCUGCCUCGUCAACGCCGACGGCACCGUCAACGACGCCGGCGAAAGGUUCAUAGAUCUGAGGAGGGAGUGGACGUCGCACGCGCGCGGGAAGAUCGACAGCGACGGGCACUUCAAGUUCAGGGGGUACCACGGCUCCUACGUCGUGCAGCUCUCGACGGCCACGGGGAAGAUGCACAAGACCUUCAGCGUCGAGAAAGGGGACACGCCUCUCGUGCUCGACAUGGACGUCUGAUGCCGGUUAAUCGAUCGUGACCAUAUAGUUAUACUACUAAAUUACUGAUGCAUACACAUAUUUUGAUCCAAUUGAGAUCAAGGGAAUUGUACCACACUCAAAUACUAGCAGCUGUUACUACAAUUUUACAUUCGGGUAUUGUAUUGGGAAGAGUAAGCAAGGUAUUGUAUUGGUUAACGUUAAUGGGGAUGAAUGAAUAAAGUAAACGAGCUAUUCCUCGUUUUAUAGAAAAA